UGACGAAAAUAUCUUUGAUAAGGGUGCCUAAUUAGUAUAUGAAGUAAGUCGGUUAUUAUUUUAUGAUAGUUAGUGACCUGACCGUUGGAACAUGAAGGGUUUUGCUUUCGUUUUGUUGUGCGCGCUUGUCGCCGUACAGGGUCGCCACAGGGGCGAGCUUAGCCGUCAGGCAGCAGCCCUCGGUGAACAACCAUGGGUGGUGCACCUUCGCAUAGCCGUUGAAACCAGCGGCAACCUGAACUCCUGCGUCGGAUCCCUCAUUGACAACCAGUGGGUGCUCACUGCUGCCAGCUGCCUCUCUGGAUCCCGUUUCAUCUGGGUGCGUUACGGAGCCGUCGACGUGAUCAGGCCUUCCCUGGUCACCGAGAACUCCAACAUCCGCAUCCACCCUCAGUACAGCUGGGCUACUGGUGCCUUCAACGUUGGUCUCAUCAGCAUCAACAGAUUCAUCCAAUCUACCGACAACAUCUCCCCUGUGCCUCUCGUCGGUGACGUGUAUGACUCUGCUAUUUUCUGCGGCUACGGCGCCAGGGAAGACGGACAGCCCGGUGAACAGCUGAGCUGCUAUCCCGGAGCUGUCGAGGAGCGCGACACUGGCCGCCUGGUCUUCAACGGCGAAGGUGCUGAGGCUACCAAAUACGACAUCGGAGCACCCAUCGUGAGCAACGGUGUCCAGGUCGCCAUCGUGACCGGAGUGGCCGGAGACUACAGCGCUGAACUGUGGGCUGUUGCCUCCAUCAAGGACUGGCUUGAAAACAUGACUGGAAUCAACUUCAGCCCUAAUGAUUCAGAAUCCGGUUCUGACGAAGAAGAAGAGGCUGCUGCCGAAAUCGCCCCUGAAGCCGUCCGUUUCGUCAACUAAGUCUCAUCACAAUAAAAGCUCGAACCUUAA